CGAGAGCACAAGUCCAAAACGCAGCUUCGCAAAGCUCACAUUUUUCAUCAUCCAAAAACGAAAAAAAAAAAAACAAAAUACUAAAAAAUAAAAAAGAAUUCUUUCAUUUCCCAAAGUACGCAGAGGACGGAGACUAUUUAGAUAUUUAAUAAACAAACAAAAGAAUCCAUUUUUUUAAAAUUUUUUCUCUGUAUGCUUUCGUAGAAUCAGAAAAAAUGGCUUCCAAUUCGAUUCUGGGUUCGUCUUCCUAUCUGAUUCUGGGUCUUUUCGUGCUCUUUCUCUGUUUGUUCGGUCACUGUUAUUCACUCGGCGAAUUGGGUCGGUUCAAUACUUUCACUGUUUCCAGCUUUAGCUAUCCUCCAACCACUCUUAAGCCCUUUGAAUUGCGUUAUAUCAGAGUUGAAUUGCCACCAUGGUUCUCUUCAAUGUCCAUAGCGAUGAUAUCGGAUGUUGACCUUGGAAAUGAAAGCAUAGGAAAGAUUCCUAAGAGCAGACUGCCCAUAAUUUGUUUUAGAGAUGGCAGUCCCCCACUGCCUGAUGUCAAUACUUCCAUAAGUGAUUCAGUUUUAGUUGCUUUCUCAGAUAGUUCACUUGAAGGAAUACAAGCUCUUGAAAAUGGAGAGCAGUGCUAUCCUAUGAAGAAAAAUUUCACUGUAAACUUGACAAAUGAACAGAUAUCUCCUGGAGUUUUGUACCUUGGUCUUUUCAAUGGGAUUGGAUCUACAAGGACACAAUCAAAGAUGAUUAAUCGUGGCCCAGCGUAUUACUUCAGUGCUAAUAUCAGUGUGGAAGGUUGUAGUACAUCUAGCAUGUGGGGCCAGUACUGUAACCAGACAAUCAACCCGCUUUUCUGCACCCCAUCCAGUGGCUACAAUUUUGCACAAGAAGAUGUUUCAAAAGCUAAGUUGUCCCGAUUGGUAAAUAAUGUAUACUGCCAAAAUAGUUUAGAAACUUCUUGUCAUGGAGAUGGUGAACCAAAAGUUUACACUUUGGACAUAAUGGGAGUGGCAGAAGAGUUAAACAUUGCAGCAAUGGAUGUCAGAUUAAAUGGAACACCUUCAAAUACCACUAGCAAUAGCAGUGGUAUUGAUUUAUUGUGCUUUGCUCGGCAUGGUGCUAUUCCUUCAGCAACUCUGCAUGAUUAUUCCAUUAACAUAAGUAAAGCCCCAUUGGUUAUACGUUCACCAAAGGUUGGUCGAUGGUAUAUUACUCUUAUACCUGUCAACCCCUCAAAAGAUCUUGGUGGGGUUCAGGAUGCUAACAUGAGUGUUUGCUAUUCUAUGGAAUCAAAAGUGGUUGAAUGUCCUUUGGGAAAGGCUGGAUUAAAUUGUACAGGGGAAAAAUACAUACUUCAGACAGUUCUGAGGAAAGGUUCUGCCCCCUUCGAAUCAUAUUAUUUGCCAGUCAGUGGAAAUGGAUCUUCAGAUUCAGCGAAUUUUCCUCUUGAACUCCUUCUAACCAAUUCUUCAUAUGGUGGAGGACAAGAUGGUCCUUGGAUUUAUUUUAUUUUGGACAUUCCUCGAGGUGCAGCUGGAGGAAAUCUCCACAUUCGCCUGACAGCGGAUGUAAAGGUUAGAUAUGAAAUAUAUGCUAGAUUUGGCGGAUGGCCAUCUCUUGAUAGCUGGGAUUAUUAUUAUGCAAACAAGACAAGAAAUAGUGAAGGCUCCAUGUUUUUCAAGUUAUAUAAUUCAAGUGAAGAAAAGAUUGACUUUUACAUUUUAUAUAUUAAAGAAGGAACAUGGACUUUUGCCCUAAGGUAUCUGAAUGCCACCGGUAUUGCUCCCAGAGAUCAGACGACCAUGUCUGUUUCCCUGGAAAGAUGCCCAAAAAGAUGCUCCUUUCAUGGGGAAUGCAAACUUGCCUUAGAUACAAGUGGAUUAACCUCAUACAGCUACUGCUCUUGUGAUCGAAACCAUGGAGGCUUUGAUUGUAGUAUUGAAAUUGUAUCCCAUAAAGGGCACAUUUGGCAAUCAAUUUCUCUUAUCGGAUCAAAUGCUGCAGCUGUACUUCCUGCCUUUUGGGCCCUAAGGCAGAAGGCAUUAGCAGAGUGGGUUGUAUAUACAUCUAGCGGAAUUUCAAGUGGAUUAUACCAUGCUUGUGACGUUGGAACAUGGUGUGCACUAUCCUUUAAUGUUUUGCAGUUCCUGGACUUUUGGCUCUCUUUCAUGGCUGUUGUGAGCACUUUCGUGUACUUAUCUACUAUUAGCGAAGUACAUAAGAGGGCAAUACACACAGCUGUAGCUAUCCUUACUGCCCUCAUGGCAAUUACUAAGGCAACCAGGUACCUUAAACUGAUAGAUGUUCUAGUGCAUUUGAUAUAUCGAUUCAAUAUUAGUUACUGUCAACCAUCCAAUCAAGUUAAAUUUUGCAGGUCUGCUAAUGUUAUUCUCGUGAUAGCAAUUGGCACUUUGGGUCUUCUUAUUGGAUGGGUGAUAGAGUACUCUACUAAGCAUAGGUCAAAUUCCUUUUCGCUUGGGUUCUGCUUAAAUUAUCUUGACAGGUGGCAAGCUAUUAGAGAGGGGCUCAAUAACCUUGUCAAGAAAAUCAUAAGACGGUUUCACUGGGGCUUUAUACUUGCAGGUUCGGCAGCAUUAGCAAUGGCAGCUGUAAGCUGGAAACUGGAGACUAGUGAAAGUUACUGGAUUUGGCAUAGCAUUUGGCAUGUGACAAUAUAUACAUCUUCCUUCUUCUUCCUCUGUUCAAAAGCAAAUACUGUAAAUAAUGAGAAUGAAAGAUCCCCAGAUGGAAGUUAUGAGUUAACUCGGCAAGAUUCAAUCCCAAGAGGUGAAUAGGGAAGAGAAAAAAGAAUAAGAGAAUUCCAUAGAAUUAAGAAACAAAAAAAAAAAAAAAAAAUGUAUAUUGAAUUGAAAUUUUGUCGAUUCAAGAAGGGAAAAUUUGGUUCCAAUAGAAUAACUUAUUUUGGUUGCAUUACCAUGCAGUUUUCUUGUAUACAUAGGUCUCCUAAUUGUGUCAAAAUGGAUAAUAUUUUUACUUUGUAUAUUCACACCUCAUAAGUUAGAUUUUCCCUGGCCCACAAAUUUUGUAAAUGUUUUGGGAGACGAUUAUUAUUUUAUGUGAGGGACUUUUUGUAAAUAGGCAGGAUAAGGAAUUGGGGGCAGAGCGCAGAUGUCAUUUGAUGAAUGGCUUUUUGAUUGGAAAAAAAUAGUGCAAGUGGAUUUUGCUAAGUUUUCUUGUUUGUAUAAUUUAUUUAUUAAGUUAAUAAUUGGGAGUACUUAGUAGUUUUUGUCAUUUA